CUCCGUCGAUUUACUGCAUUUCCGUAUUCCAAGUCCAAUCCUUUGACUGUCCAAACGAUUUUUUCUUAAUUGUGUGACUCCUGCCAAACAUGAGUAGUGGAUUUGUUACCUGCGGUCCUAACGAAGCUCUUGUAGUUUCAGGAUGCUGCUACGGCAAACCGCUGUUAGUACCUGGUGGAAGAGUGUUUGUUUGGCCUAUUGUACAGCAAGUUCAGAAGAUAUCUUUGAAUACAAUGACUCUUCAGGUUGAGAGUCCUACUGUUUACACAUGUCAGGGAGUACCAAUAUCUGUAACAGGAAUUGCUCAGGUCAAGAUCCAGGGUCAAAAUGAAGAGAUGCUAUCAACAGCUUGUGAACAAUUCCUUGGAAAAAGUGAACAUGAAAUUCACAAUAUAGCUUUAGUUACGCUGGAAGGUCACCAGCGUGCAAUUAUGGGCAGCAUGACGGUUGAGGAAAUUUAUAAAGAUCGCAAGAAGUUCAGCAAAGCAGUUUUUGAAGUUGCGAGCAGCGAUCUUGUGAACAUGGGUAUUACUGUCGUGUCUUACACCCUCAAAGAUAUUCGAGAUGAAGAGGGCUAUCUGAAAGCCCUUGGUAUGGCACGUACAGCAGAAGUUAAGAGGGAUGCCAGAAUCGGUGAAGCGGAGGCUCGCAAAGAUUCACAGAUACGAGAAGCUAUUGCAGAAGAACAGCGUAUGGCAUCUAGAUUCUUGAACGAUACAGAAAUUGCCAAAGCUCAGCGAGAUUUUGAGCUUAAGAAAGCUGCUUACGAUGCCGAAGUACAAACCAAGAAAGCUGAAGCAGAAAUGGCUUACGAACUCCAAGCAGCUAAAACAAAGCAAAGGAUCAUGGAGGAGCAAAUGCAAGUAAAGGUGGUCGAACGAACUCAAGAAAUAUCUGUUCAAGAACAAGAAAUGACACGUCGUGAACGUGAAUUAGAUGCCACUGUCCGUCGUCCAGCUGACGCCGAAAAAUACAGAUUGGAAAAAAUGGCUGAAGCAAAUCGCCUGCGACAAAUAAUGGAAGCUGAGGCUGAAGCUGAAGCUAUAAGAAUUAGGGGAGAAGCUGAAGCUUUUGCUAUUGAAGCCAAGGCUAAAGCUGAGGCUGAACAAAUGGCCAAAAAAGCAGAAGCUUGGAACGAAUACAAGGAUGCAGCAAUGAUAGACAUGAUGUUGGACACUCUACCAAAGGUUGCAGCUGAAGUGGCUGCACCCUUAUCUCAGGCAAAGAAGAUAACCAUGGUUUCCAGCGGAAAUGGUACUGUGGGAGCAGAAAAAUUAACUUCAGAAGUACUGAACAUUGUUGCCAGGGUACCUGAACUUGUAAAAUCUAUGACCGGAGUGGACAUAUCCAAGUCCGUACACGCCGCAUGAACAAGAGAAGAAACCUUUAGAUAUGAAUCCUUCACUUCUUAUACUACCCAAAACACUUCAGCCCAACCUGAUAACCUGUUCCAGAAUUGGAGCAAAUUACAGACGAACCAUAUUUCACCAUAACGGUAUAAAAUGUUUAGUGACAAGUGAAGGGUCAAGCUUACCAAAAUUUACUCCAGAAUAUACUGUGAGAUCUAGACCAA